AUGGAAAACGCGCUUGGCGAGCGGUUCUUCCUAGAGCACGACACCGCCCGCCUGUACACGUCCUCCAUCAAUGCUGGCAACACCAGGCGCCACUACGCUACUGUGCCGACGGCCUCAUCCGACGGCAAGUCGUUUGAGCAGGGCUACAUGGUUUUUGAGAAUAUCACGCCUGUGCAGCCCUGGCUUGGUCGCUUAUGUCUCGCAGUGCCGUUAUGGUGGAGAAUGUUCAAAAACCGGUACAUUGAUGACAAGGCUUCUCGGGGGCUCAUUACUGGGAGGCUGAUGUAUAUAUAUAAUUUUCGUGGGUUCUAG